CUUCUAAACCCCGUCUCCUUAUUCUUCUUCUUCUUCCUCUUUCCCUCUCUCUCUCUCUCUCCUCUUCCGAUUCUCGGGGGGUACGAAGGAGAAGCGGCGAUGGCGGCGUCGGCGAGCGUUCUCGUGGACAAGGCGACGAGCAACCUCUUGCUUGGCCCCGAUUGGGCUAUGAACAUGGAGAUAUGCGACUUGAUCAAUUCCAACCACUGGCAAACAAAAGACGUGGUGAAAGCUGUGAAGAAGCGGCUACAAAGUAAGAACCCUAGGGUUCAGUUUCUCGCUUUAACGCUUUUGGAGACAAUGAUGAAGAACUGUGGUGAUUAUGUUCAUUCUGAAGUUGUCGGGCGCGAUAUUCUCCAAGAGAUGAUUAAUAUUGCCAUGAAAACAUCUGAUGGGCAAGUGAGGCAUAAAAUUCUAUUGCUUUUGGAUUCUUGGCAAGAAGCAUUUGGACCUGGAGGGAGGCACCCCCAGUAUUACUGGGCAUACGUUGAAUUGAAGAGAUACGGAGUAGCGUUCCCUGACCGUCCACCAAAUUCCCCGCCAAUACUUACUCCUAGUAGACUUUCAACAACUUCACCAAGAUAUUAUCAGCCUCCCUAUGGUUCAUCGAGCAAUUCUUCUAGAAGUCUUAAUGAAGUAAUGGCAUCAGAUGUGGCAAAUCUGAGUUUAUCGCACUUGAAGAACAUUAGAAAUGUGUCGGAGCUCUUAAACGAAAUGUUGCGAGAGGUGAACCCAAAUAAUCGGGAGUCUGUGAAAGAUGAAGUAAUAGUGGAUCUUGUCAAUCAGUGUCGUACCAACCAAAAGAAGAUAAUGGAGUUGGUUAGUUCAACAGGUGAUGAGGAGCUCCUGGGGGAAGGCCUUGCCUUAAAUGAUAGCCUACAAAGUCUACUUGCAAAGCAUGAUGCAAUAGCCUCCGGCUCACCUUUACCAAUCGAAGCACCUGUGCAUCGGCCGAUCCCAAAGGAACCUGUGAAGAUUACCACUCCUGCAAUCAAGAAGUUUGAAGAUGAAGCGGAUGACGAUGAUGGUUUCGCCCAGUUGGCUCAAAGGAACUUGAGGGCAAACAAAUCUGCACAAAAUGAUGAUCAUGAAGUCUCAUCGAACAAGAGCGACCUUACCUCUUUAAGCACCAAUGCAAGCACUUCGGACGAAGCCUCAUCCUCUGUUGCGAGCAACGCGUUGGUCCCGCUCGACCCACCUAUUUCUCCAGUUAAAACUAUCGACAAAGAACAAGACAUGAUCGACUUCUUGGCCAUCACUCUAUCCGAAAACCCUAAUCCUUCUCCAGCACCAAUCCCAAAUGAAUCUCCAACUUCAGCUCCCCCGAUCGGGGUAGGGCAACCUUCCGGCCCCCAGCCUUUCCCACAAAACGAAGCAUACAAUCCCUACAACAGUUAUGUUGCACCUUGGGCUCAAAAAGCCCUUCCACCACCUCAGCCUCAACCUUAUUAUACAUACAGCUAUCCUCCCCCGCCAUGGGCUUAUCCCGGAAGCUCGAACCCUAGUGCUACUCCAUCAACUUCUUCCUAUCAAGUCCCAGCUUCUACUACAGUCCCCACACCUCAGCCUAUGCAGCGAUACAAUUCAUUUGGAUCAUCAGGCGCGGCAUUUGGAUCAUCGGGCGUAAAUAAUGUACAGACUACAGCACCAGAACCUCAGGCGAGCGUCAACUCGAAACCCUAUUAUAUGCCCGAUAGGCUAUUUGAGGAUUUGAUUGAUUUAAAGAGCGUAAGAAGUGGGAAUAAGAUGAGCAACACGUCGACUGGCAUGUCGGGCGCGUCUGGUCAACCGAUGAUUGGUGGACGGAAAUGAAAAUUCUCGUUCGCGUAUGAUACAAUUGGAUUGGCGAGUUUUCUUUUCAUGGUUUCCCAUGUAUAUUUGAUUUUUAUAUGUAUAUUUAUUACAUUUUCUUAACAUUUAUCUGUAUUUAUAAUACUUAUCCUGUAGUUACAGUGAACAUGUAUGACGGUUUAGCUGGGAUUAUUUCCUGGAAACAUUGUUUACUGAUUAAUGGGAGUUUCUUCGGAUGGUGUAUAUACUGAAAUGGUCUAUUUUUUGGGUGUUUUUAUUUUAA